CCAGGGCGGGGAAGUAGGGACGUGGCCCGGGAGCGGGGGCCAGGCCGUGCUCCGGGGCGCCCUCUUGUGGCCACAAGCCAUCGCAGGGCCGGUCGGUGCUGCUAGACCUAUCUUUCUUCUCACAGCAGCUUCAAUUUCCCCGAGCCCCUCGGCCCCGCGUGACCCAAGCACCGGGCUGGAUGCGGCCCCGAAACGCUCAGCCACCUGUCCCACAUGCACGUAGCGAGGAGGAGAGUUCCUUUGGGGUCGCAUCCCUGCUGCUCCCUCCCCCACUCCUCCCCACCCCGCCUCAUCUCCAGCCUGAACUGCCUGCGCCCAGAGUGGAGCGCCUGGCACGCAGUUGAGGCCCGACAGGUUUGAGUGCAAAGCUCUGCCAAUGUCCGGCCAGGUGGCCUUGAUCGUUUUCCCAACGCCUCUGAACCUAUUUCCUUGCCUGUAGAGUGGGUCUGAUGUUGCCCACCUCGCAGGGUGCUAAUAAAGAGUGAAUCCUGUGUGCUCCGCGCAGCCUCCCUUUGCUGGGCCUGGUUGCCUCGCCGAGCCCUGAGCCUGGGGGCAGACAAGACGUUGGUCACACGUCGCCAACCAGGAUAUGUGCCAUAAAGAGACGUGAAGGAGCCUAGAGGUCACCCCGGGCUCUGACUGAGUGGGUGUGUAUUUGUAGGGGUCAGGGAACUGGUUGAGAGACCUGGAGCUGCUGCAUAACAAUAAUAUCUGGCAUUUACACAGCGAGGCCUCCGCGCCAGACACUUUUCUAAGGCUUGACCGGUCCUUAAGUCCUUAAGACAACCCUGUGUGGUGGUGACAGACGAGACACUGAGCGAAGGUGGAGACGUUCUGGUGGGAAGAAGCCGUGUGGCUGUCCCCCCGGCUCUCAGGCCGAAAACAAUCCGGAAAAUCUGGACAGGAGGCCGGCCUGCGUGCUUUGGGGCGCCGUUCUCUAGUGCCCCCCUCCUUCGGGGCCACUAGGCACGAGGCCUGCGCUGCGGACUGCGCAAGCGCGCCUCCGUGGUCCCGCUCUCCGCCUCCUAGUGUCAGCCCAGCCUGCAGAGCGGAGGAGGCCACGGUCGCGGCGCUGUUUGGCUGCUGGUUCCGCAUGGGUGGGGUCCCUCCCGCGGUGGCUGGCCCGGUCGACCCGGUCAGCCCGACUGUGGUACAGACCUCCAUGAGCCGGUCCCGGGUAGCCUUGCUGGGCCUGGGCCUGCUGCUCAUGCUUCUACUGUAUGUGGGGCUGCCAGGCCCCCCUGAGCAGACCUCCUGGCUCUGGGGAGACCCCAAUGUCACAAUCCUGGCUGGUCUCACCCCUGGCAACUCCCCCAUCUUUUACCGCGAGGUGCUCCCGCUCCACCGGGCACACAGAGUGGAGGUGGUGCUGCUCCAUGGAAAGGCCUUUAACUCCCACACGUGGGAGCAGCUGGGCACACUGCAGCUGCUGGCGCAGAGGGGCUACCGGGCCGUGGCCCUUGACCUCCCAGGUUUUGGGAACUCGGCACCUUCAAAGGAGGCAAGCACAGAGACAGGGCGGGCAGAGUUGCUGGAGCGAGUGCUGCGGGACCUGGAGGUGCAGAAUGCUGUGCUGGUGAGCCCCUCCCUGAGUGGCCGCUAUGCCCUGCCCUUCCUGAUGCAAGGCCGCCACCAGCUGCAUGGAUUCGUGCCCAUCGCACCCGCCUCCACCCAGAACUACACUCAGGAACAAUUCUGGGCCGUGAAGACCCCGACUCUCAUCCUGUAUGGGGAGCAGGACCGCAUCUUGGCUCCGGAGUCACUGCGGCAGCUCCGCCACCUGCCCAACCACUCCGUGGUGAAGCUGCGCGACGCAGGCCAUGCCUGCUACCUCCACAAGCCUCAAGACUUCCACCUUGUCCUCCUUGCCUUCCUCGACCACCUGCCUUGAGGUCGCCCAUGGCCCAGGCCCCAGGCCUGGCCUGAACUUGGAGGGGCUGGACCAGCCUCCCACCAAAGAGGCAGCCCCCGGUAUUGGAGGGCAGAGGCCGAAGGGCCAGGCCCAGUCAGGACCUCUCAUUUCAUCUCACAGGCACAAUAAAAAAAAGCAUUUUUGUCGUGCCUGAGGAGUGACAGGUUCUA